GAGUGCGUGAAUAUGUACAUAUAUUUCUGAUGUUAAUGUUUUUUAAAUAAUUUUCAAAAUUUUAAAUAAACAAAAUAGACAAGAUAUUAAUUGAUUUUAUCAUUAUUUUGAAACAAAAAUUUUAGUAAUUAAAUGCAUAUAGCUUGAUCAUACGUGUAGUGGAGAAUAUUAUCUCAUUUAUAUGUUUAUAUUAUCAGUAAACACAUUUAUUAUCACAUAAAACAGACGUCAAAAUCUUAUUGGAUAGAAAAUACAAGUGGAAUCUUUAUUUUCUUAUAAACUUUAGUUUAAUCCAAACAAUAAUUUAAGAGUAAAAUUUUUAAGAUUCUAACAUAACCUCAAAACAUUUAAUUUAAAUUUAAUUAUUUUAAUCAAUAUAUAAUAAACCAGUAAAAUGAAUUUUAUCAUAUUUGAAAUUAUAGUUUUUACGAUAUUUUUAAUAAAUGUGGCUAUUGGUGGUCCCGAGGAAGCCGAGGGUGUUAAAUAUGCAAAUAAAUGUGAAGUAUGCAAAGUAGUUGUCACAGAAUUAGAAAAUCGACUACAAGAAACAGGAAAGACUCAUGAUGUUUUAGAAAUAGGAUAUUCUUUAGACGAUGUUACAACUAAGAAAAAGAAAGAUUAUUCAUUGUCAAAUCUUCGACUACUCGAAACAAUGGAAAAGUUGUGUGAUAAAAUAUUAGAUUACAAUAUUCAUAAAGAGCGUACGGACAGUUCACGAUUUGAAAAGGGAAUGAGUCAAACGUUUAAAACUCUUCAUGGUCUUGUAAACAAAGGUGUGAAAGUUGAAUUAGGAAUUCCUUAUGAAUUAUGGGACAAUCCUUCUGUGGAAAUUACUUCACUUAAAACUGAUUGUGAAAGUUUAUUAGAGGAACACGAGGAGGACAUUGAAAAUUGGUAUUUCAAUUUGCAGGGUCAAGUACCACUUUCCAGGUAUUUGUGCACCGAGAGAGUAUUGAAAAAUCAAGAUGAUUCCUGUUUAAAAGAAAAAGGAGAUAGUGGAAAAAUUGAAAACAAGAAUAAUAAAAAGCAAAAAACAAAGAAGACUGAUAAAAGUGAAAAUAUUAAAGAACCAAAAAUUGUUAAUAAGGAAGAAUUGUGAUUUAUAAACAAAUACUCUCGAUGAUGAAUAAUUAUAAUUGUUCAAUUCUUAUAUCUCAUAAGAGAAAAAUCUAUUCCAAUUUUUUAAUAAUAUAAGUUUUUACAAAAUAGUGCCAUGACUUAAAUAAGCUUUUCAUUUUUCAAAAACUUAUUAAUAAACAUUUUUUUCAAAUCGA